GGUGGGUUUGUGUGUUGGUUGGGUGGGUGGUCGGCUGGAGCGGGCUUAUGAUCCACAAUCAUCAUUGUUUUUCAGUAUAGAGAUUCUUUUCCUCAUCCAUUCUCCUAUGAUGUUUGUGUUUGAGGUUUUCACACACAGAGGAAAGAGUAGUCACGGCACCUGACAGAUUGUGACCCCGGUGGUAACUGUCCCCAUCAUGGGGUUAACCUCCCUCAUUAGUGUGCCUGGUCUCCAUGGGGGCAGUGACCUAUGACCCCCUGUGAUUUCUGUGAGCGAGCCUUAUGGAGAGAUGAACUGCUCCUGUUGCUCCUGUUAAGCAUCGUUUGUAUUUAUGUUCAUGUGUGCCCGCGUGUGCCUUGCUCCCUCUGUAUGUCUCUCUCAGUGUCUUCGUGUCUCUCUGUGUGUGUGUGUGUAUCUGUGUGUCUGUAUGUCUCUGUGUGUGUGUGUGUGUGUGUGUGUGUGUGUGUCUGUCUGUGGGUCUAAGUAAAGUGGAGGGGAAACCCCUCUCAGAUUGCCUAAUUGAGUAGCUCAGACAGGCUCUGAGGCUGCUCGCUCUUGCAGAUUACCAUGCCUAAUGUGUGAGUGUGUGUGAGUGAAAUUUUAAGUACAUUACAUUGCACAAAGCAACACUCACAACACGGUAUGGACAUCCCCUCUUAAUUGGCUAACAACUCUGUCUGUAACUCUUUCCACGGUUGUAUUGUAUUGGUUUUGGAGAGUAUGUUUGUGUAUAAGCAUCCGAGGAGUAAAGGCUUUAAGUCCAGAUAUUUAUUGUAUACCAUGCGUGUUAAACCAAGGGUAGCGGAACACUCCAGGUAUUGGAAUGGUGUAUCCGGAAUGUUGCAUCUCCUGCCAGUCAAGUGAUAUUUUAGUAGUGGUCCCACUGAAACUAGGCCUCUGGGAAGAUAACUUAAGAUAAUACAUGUUAUAGAGACAGAAACUAGCAGCCAUAUUAUUGGCCAGUACACCCAUAUUUCUCCAUUGUCUGCAUCCUCUGCCCAAAGCACACCAAUGAAUUAAUAGGCAGCCUUUUAUGAUACCUGGAAAGCUACAUUAGCUGUUUGUUAGCGCUGGGGUAACCCAUCUGUAGGAGUUUAUUAUAGUUCAAGCAGUUCUGAUUCCGUUGAAUCAUGAGUUCUGGUUUUAAAGUGUGAGAUGUUGCAGUAUGUCAGGGAGACAGUCUUUCAUACAUGGAGUAUGUGUUGCUUUUGUACGGUUCUAUGAGUCUUGAGGAGGAUAUCAUUAUGAUGAAUAUGAGGGGGAAAUACAGUUGACAAUGUUGCUGCCAGAGAACUCUGAGAAAUUUAUGCCAUGGCCUUUAUUCAUGUUAAAUGUGUCAUGAACAUGUUUGUAAGUCUGUUCAAUGAAGACAUACACAAUAAAAGGUAAAAAAUACAUUUCUCAAUACUGGACAAUGAAUCAAUAAAGUUGAUCUGUCAUUUUCUGUGACCCUGUUGUGUGUCCCAGGAUGUAGAAGGGUUUGUGAAAUGUUUUACUCGAAUGAUGGAUGUCACAUAGGGGAAAGGUGAGAUUAAUGUAAUACACAUGAUAAUACAAUAACGCAACAUCGAGUUCAACAAUUAAUUGUACUUUGUCUUUUCUGAAAUUAUUUAAUCAAUGAAUAGACUAGCGAGACAAUAGUGUAUGACACUGGACUAGAGACGACUUUAUGUACUGCGAUUGUAGGAUUUAGGCAAUAUGUUACUGUAAAGUUGCGUAGAAUUUACGCAGCAAGGUUGUUUAAAAGCGAAAGCUGUGACCCGGAUGUAGUAUUAUACAGAAGACUUUCUGAAAUAAAUAAGCAUACCAGUUGGAAAGCUAUGCAAGUGAAAAAUCAAUGCAUUUGAUAAAACUGUUGAUUGUGAAACUGCACACUGUAUCUCUGUUAACCCUUCAAUAAAAUAGGACACUUACAUUAAUCUACUUGCCGUCAAAUUAUUUAAACGCUUAAACACGUCAAGAAGAUGAGUGCCGAGGCCGCAGACCGGGAGGCGGUCACUGGCAGCAGACCCUCCACACCACCGCUGACCUCCUGGUUCGAGUUCAUUUUGGACUUGGAGUUGUUGGAGAAAUAUUUGCAAAAACCCAAUCCAGACCCGUCACCAGUGCAGCUUGUUAUUCAGUUCUUAGAGCAGGCCUCCAAGCCAUCGGUGAAUGAACAGAACCAGGUUCAACCACCAAUAGAUAACCGCAGGAACCGGACCCUCAAGCUUCUGGCCCUGAAAGUGUCUGCUCACCUGAAAUGGGACCUGGACGUGCUGGAGAAGGGGCUGACCAUCCCUGUGCUGAACAUGCUACUGAAUGAACUCCUGUGCGUCAGCAAAGUUCCUCCUGGUGUCAAGCAUGUGGAUUUGGUUCUGACCACACUGCCUCCCACUACCGCCAUGGCUGUCAUCAUAUACAACCGCUGGGCCAUUCGAACGAUUGUGCUGAGCAGCUUUCCUGAGAAACAGACGAAGCCAGGGCCUCAUCAGAUGAACAUGAUGAAUAUUGUGCAGCAGGAAAAGGAAUUGACAGAAAACAUUUUGAAUGUGCUGAAGGAGCAGGCCUCUGACUCCAUCAUGGUUCUGGAGGGGCUUCUGGCCAUGAAGAAGGACUUCUACGUCCACACGCUCCGCACGCUGGACCUGCUGGCAGCUGACCCGUCCACAGCCAACGGGGAGACGGAGUCCUCCACCGCAGGCCUGCGCAUCAGCGACGACGAGCUGCACUGUCAGGUUCAUUAUGAUUUGGGGGCCAUCUUCUUCCAGCAAGGCGGCUCUGACCCGUCGGCCUAUGAGAAGUCCAGAGAGCACUUCAGAAGAGCCAAGGAGCUCUACACAAAGCUGGACUCCGGGGCACUGCACUGCCACCUGGAUGAGAAGAGACUGGCGGGCUACUGGAGCGCCUGCAGAGCCGUGACUGGAGCCUCCGACCCCUCAGACACACAGCUCACUCCCUACGGCCAGAUCAACAGCUUCAUCCGCUCACACAACCACCAGGCCCUGGUGGAGGCCUUCAUGAAGGACAACGUGCAGCUCAGUCUGCCCAACAGCUUCAGACACUCGGUGCUGCUGGAGUUCCAGCACAAGGUCCAGCUGGGGGACCGGACGCUGGACGAGGUGUGUCAUAAGCUGUGUGUGUGUAACGCGGUGCGGGACGCUCUGGAGGGCCAGGUGCUGAGUGUGAGCUACCAGCAGCUCCUGCUCAAACCCAGCAAACGCACCAUCAGCUUCCUGCUAGAGGUUUGCAGCAAAUCACUGGAGAAGGACCGUGUGUCUGACGCUGCCAAGAGAAAUAUGGGCAUUUUCCUCAAGAGCCUGUGCGAGGGCCUGGAGGAGGUGCCUCUGGCCUACAUGGUCUCCUCCCACCGGAGCUUCAUGGAGCUGCUGCUCGACGAGGAGAAGAAGGCCCUCCUGGAGCACCUGCGGAAGCGCUCGGCCACCGUCAACCUCAGCGCCAAACCCCUGCCCUCCUUCUACGACAACCCAGCAUCUGCGAAUGUAAGCAUCGGGCAGCUGGAGCAGCAGCUGGUUCUGUCUCUGGACCCGCGGCGGAUCCGCCAGAUCCUCCUGGAGCUGCACGGCCUGGCAGAACGCCCCUUCUGGAGGGUCAACAGCAAGUGGGAAGUCCCUGUAGAUUACAUCAAUGUGAUCCUGGCCACCAAAGACAACCUGACCCGUGACCUGGUGUACAUCCUCAUGGCUAAAGGACUCCACUGCAUCACCCUGAAGGACUUUGGCCAUGCGCGGCAGCUGUUCUCGGCGUGCCUGGAGCUGGUGACGGAGUUCUCGCCGAAACUGCGUCAGGUGAUGCUGAACGAGAUGCUGCUGCUGGAGGUGCGCGCUCACGAGGCCGCCGCCGCCCAGGGCUCCACGGACAAGCCCACGCCCGACCUGGUCAGCCGCGUCAGGGGCUACCUGGAGAUGAGGAUACACGACCUCCCUUUGCGCCAGAUAGUGGGGGAGGAGUGUGCGGCCUUCAUGCUGAACUGGAGGGAGAACGAGUACCUGACACUGCAGGUGCCCUCCGCACUGGUGCAGAACAACCCCUACAUCAAGCUGGGGCAGCUGCUGGCGUCCAUCUGUAAGGAGCUGCCGGGGCCGAAGGAGAGCCGCCGCCUGGCCAAGGAGCUGUGGGAGCUGGUGGUGCUGGUCUGCAGCGUCUCCACCCAGCACAAGCGCGCCAACGACGGACGCCUCAGCCUCAUCAAACACAGGGAGUCCUCGCUCGGCAUCAUGCCCAGGAACAAAUUCAUCACCUUCAUCAAGAAGCUGCGGGAGCCCCUAGUUCUGACCACUCUCAUCUCGCUGUUUGUGCGACUGCACAGCCUAGUACGGGAUGAUAUAGUUAAUGAAGUGACAGCUGAGCAUCUGGCCAUCUGGCCCUCCACUCUGGCUAACAUGCAGGCGGUGGAUGUGGAGGCCGUGGCCGUGACCGUCAAAGAGCUUGUGACCUACGCCCUGACCCUCAACCCCAACAACCAGUCCUGGCUCAUCACGCAAGCAGAUAUCUACUUCGUUACAGGACAGCAUUCUGCCGCCAUGCACUACUACCUGCAGGCGGGGGCGGUGUCCUCAGACUUCUUCACGAAGGCUGUUCCCCCUGAAGUCUACACCGACCAGGUCCUGAAGAGAAUGAUCAAGUGUUGCUCCUUGCUCAACUGCCACACUCAGGUGGCUGUGCUGUGCCAGUUCCUCCGGGAGGUGGACUACAUGACUGCAUUUAAAGCGCUGCAGGAGCAGAGCGGUCAUGACGGAAUGGACUCGUACUACGACUACAUCUGGGACGUGACCAUCCUGGAGUAUCUCACACACAUCCAUCAGAAGAGAGGCGAGGCGGAUAAAAGACAAGUGGCUAUCAAAGCGAUCGGCCAGUCGGAACUGAAUGCCAGUAACCCAGAGGACGUGCUCCAGCUCGCCGCUCAGAAGAGAAAGAAGAAGUUUCUUCAGGCCAUGGCCAAGCUGUACUUCUAGCUCAAAACACACCACAGUUUUGUACAUCAGCACCGUUUUUUUUACUUCUCAUUCAGCAUGAGAAAAUAAACAUUUUUUUUUAUAAAUACA